UCUCGCUGCCGCUAUGACCAAUGCUGUGGCUAAUACUUUACAACAACAACAACAGCAGCAACAACAACAGCAACAACAGCAACAACAACAACAACAGCAGCAACGACCAAAUAAACCAGCAAAACUACCUAUGGAACCCUCAGCAGAAAUGAAGGAUGGAGUGGAAUGGGUAUCUUUUGUAUAUUCUCAUAACCGGGUGAUGAAGAACUAUACUAUUCGAACAGAUCUCAAUUCAAUUAGUUUGGAUGAUAUUGAUGAUAAAUUCAAGACGGACAAUUGUGUAUAUCCAAGAGCUAAUUUACCAAAAGAACAAUACAAAGGAAAUCGAUGGUCUUAUGAAACUGAAUGUAAUGUCUUGGGAUGGAAAUUGGCGUGGCUAAAUAUGAAUGAUAUAUCUGGCAAGCGUGGAUUGAUUCAACGAGCUGUGGAUUCGUAUCGUAAUCGAUAUCCAAGUAUGCGAUCUCGACGUGUAGCGCGUCAAGCAAAAUUGAUGAAUGGUACUUUACGAAAACGCAAACAACGUGGUGAUGAAGAAGAUACUUUGAUUGAACUUAUGACUUCUUUGGCUUCUGGCUCUGCAUGUGCAAAUAUUACCAACAACAAUGUGAAACAUCCCUAUGUGACACCAACCACUUUAGAAACUGCGACUAUUAAACCUGCAAAUCAUCCCAAAACUAUUGCUAUGGAAGAUCUUGCUACUGGUGCUCGUUGUCGUAUCAAGAUUAAUAUCGAAACUGUUUCUUUGGACAACAUACCUCAUGAUUUUCGCUUGGUGAAUUCUCCUUUUCCUCGGCAUUUACAUUCAACUGUAUCCAAUGGUCGGACUCGUUCAAUUGAAGAAAAGAUAUGUAAUGAAUUAGCAUGGAAAUUGGCUUGGCUUAAUCCCAAGAUUUUGGCGGGGAAAAAGAAUAUGUUACAACGUGCCAUUGAUCUAUAUCGAACCAAGUUUAUGCCAUCUAUGCCUCCUCGAAAACAUUCAAGUCGUCAACCAUCAUUACCAACUUUAUUGAACAAUCCAUCCUUGAUCACUCCUCUUACUACUUCAGCUUUAUCGGCACAAAAUGCACAAUAUCAAUUGGAAGAAAAGGAUACAUCAAAAGCAUCAUCACCUUUAUCAUCAUCACCCACAAUGUCAUGUGUUAGUGGAACAACAGCAUCUUUGGAUUUCACCGAUUGUUUAUCGCUGGUCGAUGAGACAACAUCACUGGGUUAUACCAACAAUGACAAUGACUUUGUACUUCCUUCAGAUUCAUCAUCACAACAACAAUCACCUCAUCUUCCACCUUGUUUUGAUGAAGCAAGCACUACCAUUAGCGCAAACAGUGAAACCAAUAGUAUGACUUGCACUCCCAGUCCUCCAGUGAAAUCAGAACUCUUCCGACUUGCCAUGGAUGAAAUGUAUGAUGCAUUUAUGUUACCACCAACAGCAAGUGUAGAUGAUCAUGAUACGUUUAUGUAUGAUUUGAAUACGACUUCCACCAAUCCAACUUCCAAAUUAUUCGAUCCAACUUUCUUAGCCUCUCCUUCUCUUCCUUCAAGUACUCUCCAACAAGAUUUACUCGUCAAGCUCGAAACUACCGAUGAUUUUGCUGAUCAAUUACUGAACCCCUUCUUUUAGAUUCUUUGUAUAUUUUGUUUAUGUUUCAUUAGUAUAUAUUUAUAUUUUUUUUUUUUAUUUUAUCUUCCCUGCCUCUUUAUCAUCAUUCAUUCUUAGUUAGUAUCCUUAUUUACACUAUUUUUUUUUUCCUAUUUGUACUUUCAUUAUCUUUAUGUCUAUUGAUGUAUUAUCAAAAAAAAAAAAUUCUGCUGAUAAAUUCUUUACAUAGAUCUUCUUUUUGUAUACAAUAAAAAAA